UCUGCCCCGACCACAUCUCUACGGCAUGACCUGAAUGUCGAUUACCGGAGAGAAACAGCACAGAAUCAGUCGUGUCACGCUCCGCGCAGAGGAUCUGACCACGAAGGAAAUAAUCGUUGUGAUUAUCCAUCCAACAGUCCUGGCCAUGCAUUUGAAAAGGAGGUUUUGAAGAUCUUACACAUUCUUAAAGUGACCCAGCAGUCACAAAGUGAGAAGCUGUCUACGAUACUACAGCGUUUUAGCACAAUGGACGAUGCAUCAGAGCAACAGAUCUGCCUAGAUAGACCAUUCCAGACACUUGCAGACUUUUUGGAAUUUGAAGACGACCUUGCUGAAAAUCCUGCUAAACGAGCUCAACUGAAAAGGUACUUCAAGUCCAUGGGGGGCAGCACGACCCGAGAAUCUGUCUUCAGGAUCCUGUCACGUCUCUUGCAUUACAAGGUCGGGCGAGAGUACAGUUUAUACGGAAGCGAGGGGAAACGGAGGUUCAGUGACCUCACGACUUGGAAGAUCAUGCAGAACCACUUGACAGAGUCUCAUGGUACCCCCGGCCCUGCCACACUGAAGGAGGUGGAACAAGCUACCAUGUCAUGGCUGCGCCAUGCACCACAAGCCCAUGAUCGUCAGAAGCAAAAGGAACGUCAGGAGUGCAGCAGACAAGAACCAUAA